CAACAAUAUCAAUACAUUAAGAUAAGAAGAAAAAAAUCUGUUCUAAAGGAAGUCUAGAUAUUAGAGAUAACAGUAUAUUCGUGUACUUAAAGUCUUGCAGUGUCUAUGUGUUAAAUAGACAUAUCAAAAUUAAGUUUUUUAUUACAAAUUAAUUUCACUAUUUUCAUUCUAUGCAAGUGAAAUUUUAUCUUUGCAUAUUUUCUUAGCACAAGAACAAUGAAGAUGUUCAAUUACAAGUUCAUAAUACCAAUCUCUCUGCUGUUAUGUGGUAUCAGGUCUUCCAAAGUUUUGGAGAAACUUAUAAUAAAUACAGAUGCUGGCGCGGAUGAUGCAAUGGCUAUACUUUUAAUUCUUCGGACUGAAGGAUUUAAGGUGUUGGCAAUUACGUGUUCAUACGGAAAUACACAUUUGGAUAACGUUGCUACUAAUGUACUUAAAAUUUUAACAAUUGCCAACAGAAGUGACAUACCGGUAUAUAAAGGAGCAGACAAGCCAUUACUAUAUCCAUAUAAUACUGAUACGUUUUUUGGUUCUGAUGGGCUUGGAGACUUCAAUUUUACCGAAAAAAUGAUUGCUAAAGUAGAUAACAGCAAACAUGCAGCUGUAGCACUUAUAGACUUAGUAAAACAAUAUCCAGAAGAGAUAACUUUAUUGAGUCUUGCUCCAUUAACAAAUAUUGCUACAUCAAUUGCAUUGGAGCCCAAUUUUUUAAAAUAUUUGAAGAAUCAUAUAAUAUUAGGUAGCAGUGUUUCUGGCAUUGGCAAUGUCCUACCUAAUAUUGAAUUUAAUUUUUAUCAAGAUCCAGAAAGCAAUUAUAUAACUCUAAACUAUACUAAAACAAGUAUUUUAUUGCCAUGGGAUGCAUGCAAAGAAAAUACUAUGCCUUUGGAUUGGAGAAAAAAUGUAUUAGGAAAAGUUAAUUCUACUAUUAUGAAUUUCUUAAAUAAAGCAGAACGGAUAAGUUUAUCGAAAUCGAAAUCAUGGACUUCUGCAGAUACAAUGGCAGCUGCAAUUAUGUUGGAAUCAAAACUUAUAACCAAAUCUAUAGUAACAAAUGUAAGUCCAGUACUGGAUGGAGUCGCGAGAGGUUCGGUACUUGUAGAUUAUACUAAUUUAACUGGUAGACCAGAGAACACAAAAAUUGUACAAUCAUUUAAUUUAACUGCUUAUCAAAAAUUGUUACUGAGAAAACUUUCUUGAAUUUAUUAACUAUAAUGUAAAAAUGAACUGUACGAGAUAACAAAAUACA